AUGUUUGACCAGGUGUCACGCUCCAGGGUGUCCCUGACGUAUCGGGUGAAGUCGGCGCACAAGCUGAAGCUCACGGACAAGCAGCUGCUGCAGUGGCUGUUCCCGAUUCUGCUCAUUAUGAUCAUCUACCUGAGCUCGUGGACCAUCAGUGACCCUCCGAAGGCCGUCGUUGUGCGGGACGCCGAGGGCCUCCAGUUCCGGCAGUGCGAGUUCGGUUGGUGGGACCACUCCAUAGCGGCAGGGGAGCUGCUGUUCCUCUUCUGGGGCAUCAAGGUGUGCGUCAACGUGCGGAACGCGCAGACGCUGUUCGACGAGGCCAAGUACAUCAGCUGGGCCAUCUACAACAUCGCCAUCGUCAACAUUACCAUGGCCAUGGUGCAUUUGCUGGUGCCGUCCGGACCGGACGUGAAGUAUCUGUGUGGCUUCGUGAGAACCCAGCUCAGCACCACCACCACCCAUCGCACUCCUCCUGGCGCCCCAAGAUGCUCGGUGCAUAAGGUGGUGUACACAGUGUGCACACGGUGCCGUUAUCACACUGGCCUGUUCCUCAAGUUUUACAGAAUCGCCGUCGGGCUCGGCGACGAAUAUGACGCACGGGCUCAGGCCCGCGGCGCCGCCGCCUCCUUCUACCUGAACGGCAUCGAGCCAGACGAGGAGGACAUCAGCAUCUAUCGGGAGAAUGAAGAACUAAAGGAGGAGGUGCAGAAGCUGGCGGCGCAGAUCGAGUUCAUGAAGAUCGUGCACAUGGAGGCCAACAACCGUCAUCUGAAACCGCGGCGCGAGGGCUACUUCUCUCAGAGCGCGCCCGGCCGGCGGAAGUCGAGCAUUGGCGCGGCGCUGCAGCUGGACGCCUACACCAGUCUGGGGCCCGACAGUCUGGCUCUCAGAGGCAACGAGGUCUGA